UUCCCAAGAAGCAUGAGACUUCUGCUCCUGGCUCUUCCUGCCCUUGCUCUUCUACCCCAAGUGAUCCCAGCCUACAGUGGUGAGAAAAUAUGCUUGAACAGAUCGGGGAACUGCAGGAAAAACUGCAAAGAUGGAGAAAUGAUGCGGGACACAUGUAAAAAUCACCGAGUCUGCUGCGUUCCCGUCAGCAGGGGCGACACGCGAAUGGCCUCGGUCAGGGUCAGUUGGACCACGGAGGAAACCAUGAAAAUGGAGUACGAUCUAAACUCAGAAUUCACAAAUGUACUUAGCACAGUGGUGGAUCCAGAAUACAAAGAUGUAAGAGAUGAGAGAACAGCCCUGAGAGGUGGCUGGAGAGCAAGUGACAUCUGA